ACGAUUGCAGCGAUUCGUGUUAGCAGUCGCUUUUACAUUAACAUUUAUUUACUUCCGGAAUCAACACGUGAAAAGUUGAAAAGUGACAAAACGCAAAAUACAAAUUUAAACAGGUUUAUUACAGACAAACAUGGAUUUUAAUGAUGAUGCUCCAGCAGAAGAAAUUCCAAGUGGUGGAGAAGAGGACAUAACAGAUGACCGAAGACACAACCAAUUAUUGGACGCGCUCUCUUCUCUGGAUGGCAAGAAAAGAAACAAACUUUCACAGAGGACAGUGAUCAGCAAUCAAGUCUCAGAAUUCAACUUCUCCUCCAGUAAAGACAAAACCAGUGUUGUCAAACUUCAUGAGUUGGUUGGUUCCCUAAAGGAGAGUACAAGUCAUGGAGAACUGAAGAACCAGCUGAGAAAUGUUUCCAAGAGUAAAAAAACUGUGUCCACUCCUCUACCAAAACACGAGAAAGAAAAGAUUGACAGAGCAACAGCCUAUGAGACAACAUCUGGAGAAAUAUCAAAGUGGGAUCCUAUUGUUAGAAAAAACAGGAAGGCAGACCAGAUACAGUUCCCUCUGGAGAAACCAGAUUUUAAGAUUGUUACAACAGACCAGCUUGUGAAAAGAUUUCAGCCUCGUACACCACUAGAGAGACAGGUUGCGGAGUUAUUACAGGGUAGUGAGAAUGUUAUACGUGAUAAAGGACAGGAACUGACACCAGCUGAACAGAAAGCUCUACAGGCAAUGGAUGUUAAUGAGGCUAAAGAACGAAGAAUUGAGCUGAUGAAAUAUCGUGCUUUGUUAUCAUACAAGGAGGCAAAAGCUAAAAGACAGAAGAAAAUCAAAAGUAAAAGGUAUCACCGUGUAUUAAAGAAAGAGAAAUUGAAAAAUGAAAAGAAACAAUUAGAAAAAUUACAAGAGGAAGAUCCAGAAAGUUACUUGGACAAACUGAAUCAGUUAGAGAGAGAUAGAGCUCAGGAGAGAGUUAGUCUAAAACACAGAGGUGGAAGCAAGUUUGCUAAACGUCAGAUGAUCUAUGCCAAGUUUGAUGAUAAAGCAAGGCAAGAAGUUCAGGACAUGUUACAGAAAAGCAGGGCAUUAACAAAGAAAGUUGACGUAGAAUCUGACUCAGAAGAAGAGCAGUUAUUUCCAGAUAGUGGCGUAUCCAUGGACAACACAGAGGUAGAUGAUGGCGCUAAUAAUCCCUGGAUGGCUAGACCGAACAGUGGAAAGUCUGGUAGCAGUUACUCCCGACCACAAACUGUCAAUGCGAAUGAUUCUGAGGGUGAAAAUGAGAAGUCUGAGUAUUCGAGACCGAAGGAAGUUAUUAAUGUUAAAGAUAAUGGUGAUGAUGAAGAUGAUGAUGAUGAUGAUGUUCUUGUUAUUGAUGAAAAAGAGGGAGAGGAAAAGGAUAAUGAAACUGGUGACAACAAUAAAGCUGUUUCUAGUGAAGAGGAAGAAGUUGUAAUAAUGAAGAGCAAACCAGGAGUGGAAGUUCAUGAUUUAUCGUCUUUAAGCACAGAUAAGGAUGUUUGUGAUAAAACUAUCGAUGAAAUAUUUGAUAAAAAGGAAAAGAAAAAAAAUCGUAGUAGAGGUCAAAGAAAAAAUAAAAGCAAAAAUAAAAAUUUGGCCAAUAAAAAAAGUGAAACUGAAGAAAUUAAGGUAGAUCAAUUAAGAGAGAACAAUAGUGAUAGUUAUAGUGAUUUAGGUAAUAAAUCAGAUAAUGUUACUACUAAAAAUGAUGAAAAUAGAAAUAAUGAUGAAGAUAAUGAGGAAAGUUUAGAUGAAGAUGAGCAAAUAAAUAAUGAAUCACUUAGCAGGAAAAGAACACUUGAAGAGUUUGAAGAAAUGUUAGAUAAUGAUAGUGGUGAAGAAAUAACUUCUAAUAAGAAACAGAAGAGAAACAAAACAAGAAAGGUAGAUGGGAAGGAGGAGGCUGCUCUAGACAAGAAAACUACUCCAAAAGAAGCAUUUGUUGAUCCCAAAAAAUUGUUCACCAUAGAAAAUAGAAUAAAACAGAUUGGUUCUGUUCCCAAUGUUAUAGAGACAGAGAAUGAUGAUGAUAUAGAUGCUGAUGAACAACAAAGGUUGACUAUUGCCCAGGCAUUUGCUGAUGAUGAUGUUAUAGCAGAGUUUAGUAGAGAGAAGGAUGAUAAAAUAGAGAAAGCUAAGCCUAAAGAUAUUGACCUAACAUUACCAGGCUGGGGAUCAUGGGGAGGUGAAGGAAUCAAGAUCUCAAGAAGGAAAAGGAAGAGGUUUACAAUUAAAGCACCACCUCCUCUUCCAAGGAAAGAUACUCACCUGGGACAUGUUAUACUGAAUGAAUCAAGGAUUGCAGCUGUGGCAAAACACAUGGUACAUGAGAUUCCAUUUCCUUAUGCAAGUCCUGAACAGUUUGAGAAGAGUAUAAGAGCACCACUCGGCAGGACGUGGAACCCACAAGCAGUCCAUAAAGACCUGGUCAAACCCAAGGUUGUUACAAGACUUGGAAAAAUUAUUCAACCUAUAAACAAAGCUGAGGGACCUGAACUUGUCCGCCAAGUGUUCCUUGAGAGAGGCUGGAUAGAGUUUGAUGAGGAUGAGCAGAAUGAUUCUGACUGGAAUAUAUGGUGGCGUACAUCAAGGUUCCGCCUCAGUGACUAUGAGAAUCUGUCACAAUGGCAGAGACUCAAUCACUAUCCAAAGUCGACAGGAAUUACAAAAAAAGAUUGUCUUGUGAGAAACUUAAAGCGUAUGAAAGGUGUCCAUGGCUCUGCAAUGUAUAAUUUCAGUCCCUUGUCUUUCAAUCUGCCAAAUGAUUACACACGUUAUGUGGCAGAAUAUGGAAAGCUGAAAGCAAAAACUGAUCCAAAGCAUUUCGCUUGGAUAUGUAAGCCAGCUGAUAUGUCACGUGGGCGGGGUAUAUUUUUGUUUAAAGAUAUAUCUGAUUUACAAUAUGAUUGCAAUGCUGUAGUGCAACAAUACAUAGCUAAUCCAUUAUUGAUAGGUGGCUACAAAUUUGAUAUACGAUUGUACGUAGCUGUACCAUCAUUCCAUCCAUUGACAGUAUAUAUAUUUCAAGAAGGAAUCGUUAGGUUUAGUACUGAAAAAUAUGAUAUGUCUGCUCUUAAUAAUAUAUUUGCUCAUUUGACUAACACAUCAAUCAAUAAACACAGUCCAUCCUACACUACUGACAAGGAAAGGAUCGGUCCUGGAUGUAAAUGGACCCUUACUCAGUUGCGUUACUAUUUUCACCAGAACAAUCUAGAUGACACACUACUCUGGUCAAGAGUAACAAAUAUAAUCAUAUUAACAUUAUUGAUACAAGCUCCCCAGGUGCCAAAGGAAAAGAAUUGUUAUGAGCUGUAUGGAUUUGAUAUUUUAAUAGAUGAAAAAUUAAAACCAUGGCUUCUAGAAGUGAACUUUAGCCCUGCAUUAGGAACAGAUUGUCAGGUAGAUGUAAUGGUUAAGAAACCAAUGCUUCAUGAUUUGAUAGACAUGUUAAACUUUAAGGACAGUGAUUCAGAGCGUGGCAAGACUGACAAACAGAUGAACACAGGACGAGUAACAAACAGAGCUAGAAUGUCUGCAAAUAGAAAUAGACAAGAACUUAUAGAUAGGACAACCACAUCAAGUAGACUCAGUCAACGUGGUGGAGUACAACGUAUGAACUCCACUAUUUCAACUGCCUUAAAAAGCAUUGAAUCUCCUAUGAUAGAACAGCAGUUGUCUUUCAUCCAGCAGGACAAUCCAUCCAUCCAGAAAACCAGCGAAGAUAAAAUGUGUUAUGGGUUACCAUUGGUUAAUCCUUCAGAUGAUGAAAAGUGUGAUAGUGAGGAUAAUUCUGGAAGGUCAAGCACCAAAAGUGACUAUAUUGAAGCUGAUAUAUAUGCUCUCUACUCAGGAGGUAGAUUUACUCCAGCACCCACAGUGACUUCUAUAGGACAGUCUACUUUAGAAAAAUACAGUUCAUUUGAGAGAAGUGGGACUACUUCAUCUUUUGUAAAGAAAACUGAAUCUGUGCAAUCUCUAAAUCAGCGAGGGGAUAAAAUGUCCUUAAAAAGUUUUGGCAAUUCUGAUAGUGCUUAUUCUAGUUUCUCAGACAACUCUGACAAAGUGCCUGUUAGCAGUUCAAACAGUAAAAGUAAGAUAUAUAGUCAUAGAAGAAAGAGCUAUACAUUACAAACAGAGGUGCUUUCUGAAAUACCUAAAGAACCAGAGUCAUUUCAGAUCAAAUCAUUACGUCCAACAGAAAACUCUAAAUCUUUGAGAAAAGUGUCCAACCGUGGAGUGACACCUGUUAAUAAUGUUGUUAGUUUUAGAAGUAAAUCUAGGGUUAAUGUGCCACAAGUUGAUGGCAUUAUGACUAAAAGCAAAACUUUUUCAAGAACACCUUCAAGAAAUUUUGUUGCAAGGUCCAGUUCUAGAUUUGGAUAUGUAACAAAAAGGAGCGAUCAGGACUUUAAUCCAAGAAAUCGAGCUCAGGGAGUUGUUUCAAGUAUGUCCACUGUUUCUAAAACACCAAGAGAUAAAGAGACCCUAAGUCUUGGACUGACUGGGAUAUCAAAGAAGGCACCAAACAGCAAUAAAUUUCAGAGGAAAUCUAAGUCAGUAAUGUCACAUCAAAAACCUAAAGGCCCUCCACCAAAAAUUGGAGAAUUUUUUCUAGUCUUUCCCUUUAAUGAAGGGACAUACAAAGCUGCCAAUUCUACACUUGAUCCACAUGUUGUUAUCAAAGAGACUCAAAAACUCUUCAAGGAUUUAAAGCAGGAGGUAGAGAAGGCUACAGAUGACAAGAAACUUGGGGGACUGUUGCCUUUUGGGUCAACAACAUAUGACGAGAGACUUUGGGCUCCUGUGAAACCUCAACCUGAAGAGCAGUAACUUUGUUGUCCCAUGGUGCUCAGGUUGACAAUCAUGAUAUACAGUAAAAUAUAGAAGAUGCAGUUCAAAGACUUGUAUAUAAUCAUGUUGAUGAUUAGCAAGAUACUGUAUAUUCUCUAAAUGCCCCUGGGGGUGUUUCAUCGUCUAAGGGGGGUGGGGG